AUGAGGUGGCAGUGCGGCACUCGGUUUAGAGGGCUCGGGCCGGCGGCGGCCCCAUGGGCAACCCUGCUGGCGCUGGGCCUCCCGGGCUGGGUGCUGGCGGUCUCGGCCACGGCCGCCGCGGCGCUCCCCGAGCAGCAUGCCUCCCCCGCCGGCCAGCCGCCCCUGGACUGGCUCCUCAGCGACCGCGGCCCGUUCCACCGCGCGCAGGAGUACGCGGACUUCGUGGAGCGCUUCCGGCAGGGCUUCACCACCAGGUACAGGAUCUACAGGGAGUUUGCCCGUUGGAAAGUAAACAACUUGGCUCUGGAAAGGAAGGACUUCUUCAGUUUGCCAUUGCCUCUCGCCCCAGAGUUUAUCCGGAACAUUCGCCUCCUUGGAAGGAGACCCAACCUACAGCAGGUCACUGAAAACCUGAUUAAAAAGUACGGCACUCAUUUCUUACUUUCUGCCACCCUUGGAGGAGAAGAGUCCCUGACCAUUUUUGUGGACAAACGAAAACUGAGCCGCAAGGCAGAAACAGCAGGAAGUGCUCCUGUCGUUGGGGGCAGUGGAAACAGUUCUGCCGUGUCCCUGGAGACCCUGCACCAGCUGGCAGCCUCUUACUUCAUCGACAGAGAGAGCACACUGAGGCGGCUGCACCAUAUCCAGAUAGCCACGGGGGCCAUCAAGGUCACAGAGACCAGGACUGGCCCUCUGGGCUGCAGCAACUACGACAACCUGGAUUCGGUCAGCUCUGUCCUGGUGCAGAGUCCGGAGAACAAAGUGCAGUUACUCGGCCUGCAGGUGCUGCUGCCCGAGUACCUGCGUGAGCGCUUUGUGGCCGCGGCGCUCAGCUACAUCACGUGCAGCUCCGAGGGCGAGCUCGUCUGCAGGGGGAACGACUGUUGGUGCAAGUGCAGCCCCACCUUCCCGGAAUGCAACUGUCCCGACGCUGACAUCCAGGCCAUGGAGGACAGCCUGCUGCAGAUCCAGGACUCCUGGGUGACCCACAACCGGCAGUUUGAGGAGUCAGAGGAAUUCCAGACCCUGCUGAAAAGGCUGCCGGACGACAGGUUCCUGAACUCCACGGCCAUCUCGCAGUUCUGGGCCAUGGACACCAGCCUUCAGCACCGCUACCAGCAGCUGGGGGCCAGCCUGAAACUGCUGUUCAAGAAGACCCAUCGGAUCGUCCGCCGGCUCUUCAACCUCUGUAAGCGCUGCCCCCGGCAGCCUCGCUUCCGCCUGCCCAAGGAGAGGUCCUUGUCCUACUGGUGGAACCGAGUCCAGUCGCUCCUCUACUGUGCAGAGAGCACCCUUCCCGGCACCUUCCUGGAGCAGAGCCACAGCUGCACCUGCCCCUACGACCAGUCUUCCUGCCAGGGCCCCAUCCCGUGUGCCGUGGGGGAGGGGCCCGCCUGCGCCCACUGCGCUCCGGACAACAGCACGCGCUGCGGGGGCUGCAACCCGGGCUACGUGCUGGCGCAGGGCGCGUGCCGGCCGGAGGUGGCCGAGUCCCUGGAGAACUUCCUGGGGCUGGAGACGGACCUGCAGGACCUGGAGCUGAAGUACCUGCUGCAGAAGCGGGACAGCCGCAUCGAGGUACACUCCAUCUUCAUCAGCAAUGACAUGCGGCUGGGCAGCUGGUUCGACCCCUCGUGGAGGAAGCGUAUGCUGCUCACGCUCAAGAGCAACAAGUACCAGCCGGGGCUGGUGCACGUGAUGCUGGCGCUGUCCCUGCAGAUCUGCCUCACCAAGAACAGCACCCUGGAGCCGGUCAUGGCCAUCUACGUCAACCCGUUCGGGGGCAGCCACUCUGAGAGCUGGUUCAUGCCCGUGAGUGAGGGCAGCUUCCCCGACUGGGAGAGGACUAACGUGGACGCGGCCGCCCAGUGCCAAAACUGGACUAUCACCCUGGGGAACAGGUGGAAGACCUUCUUUGAGACAGUCCACGUUUACCUGCGGAGCCGGAUCAAGUCCCUGGAUGACAGCUCCAACGAGACAAUCUACUACGAGCCCCUGGAGAUGACCGAUCCCUCCAAGAACUUAGGAUACAUGAAAAUCAACACCUUGCAGGUCUUUGGCUACAGCCUCCCCUUUGACCCGGACGCCAUCCGGGACUUAAUUCUCCAGCUGGACUACCCAUACACUCAAGGUUCCCAGGACUCUGCCCUCUUGCAGCUCAUAGAGCUCAGGGACCGGGUAAACCAGCUUUCCCCACCGGGCAAAGUCCGGCUCGACCUUUUCUCCUGCUUGCUCCGGCACCGGCUCAAGCUGGCCAACAACGAGGUGGGCAGGAUCCAGUCCUCCCUGAGGGCUUUCAAUUCCAAGCUGCCAAACCCCGUGGAGUACGAGACAGGAAAACUCUGUAGCUAAUGGGGGCCCCGCUCCAGGGCUGGGGAGGGAGGUGGUCCAGGGUGAUCUGCCGAUCCCGGGGCGCAGAGAUCAUCCGAGCCCUCACCUUAGUGCCAACAGGGUUCUCCCCUGGGACUUGCAGCACCCAGCUGUUGGGACCUCAGGGCUUGGCCUGAAGCAGGCAGGAGAGAAAGAAACCGCCACUGCACACGCACACACUCACCAUGUGCGUGCACACACACGCAUACACGCUCACUCACACAGGGAGGCUACAACUCAGCAGCCUCAAAUCUGUAAAGUCGGUGCUUUCGAAUGAUGCAGUUGAAGCAGAGGAGCCAAGGGAGAGAUUAAGCAAAAGAACCAGCCAAACCAUGAAAAAAUAAAUCCUGAAAAGUGAUUCUUAUCAUUCAAGGAAGCA